AUGGAUCAACCGCAUGAAUCAACACUCAACGCCCCUUUUCCACGAACUAAAAAUGGCCGUCUAGCUGCUUGUGAGCCUUGCCAGAAACGAAAGUAUGCAUGUGAUCGCUCUCUUCCAGCAUGUCUACGCUGCCAGCGAAGUCGGGUGAAGAGGCCCUGCAGAUAUCUUGCAGCGAGCCCCCAGCAUCCACAGAGCUCCGAUAAUUCCAGCAAUGCUCAUUCCAUGUGUCCGCCAAAUGACCCCACGCUAGAUUCUUUACCACCAAGCAGUAUAUUUGAAGCUGUCGAACUGACGUCUAAUGGGCCAACCCUAAAUCCGCUGAAUGAGAGCAAUGUUCUCAGUCACUACGAAAGCGUGCCGCCAAACCCCAGCUCACUAGCCGAUGAGAGAAGCUCUUUACUAGGUGUAGACAUCGACGACUUACAAACCGCUUUGGAUGCCCUGUCUUGCUUGCCGAGUCUUGAGGCCGAACAAAUCCUUGGUAAAGCUCACGUCAUCAAUAUGUUUAACGGGUGGCUUCCGUUCUCUACAACGCAGAUUUUGACCGAACUAAGGCGUACUUAUCCUUCUGCAUUCCGGCAGGAUCAGCAAAGAGAGCAUUUAAAGGAAUUGGCCCUCACAAUAUUCUCAAAUACCGCAGAAGCACUAUCCAAUGACCAGGAUUAUCUAUCGGAAGACUGGUACACAUCCUUCUCCGGCACAAGGAUAAGAUGGGAGAUAAUCGGGCUACUCUUCAGCAGCUGGGCUAUAUUCUCUGUUCAUAACAGAGUGCAUAUCAGUCAAUAUCGACCCAGAGUCCUAGUGGCCAAAUUUUUCGACAUCAUGAAAAGCUGCAUCAGAUUCUGUCAUUUGGCCAAAGCCAGCAAUCUAUUUCUUCUUUACCUUUUGUACCGGACAAGCAUCGUUUCGUCUAUUGUGGAUGGACCUGAUAAUGCCAAUUUUUGGAAGCUUCAUUCAGACACGGUGUCUUUAGCAUGCUCUUUGCGACUCCAUGCUAUGCCUGAUUCUUCACUACAGGACCGUCAUUCGAAAAAGCAGUCUGAACGCCGUCUUUUCACCGCAAUCUAUGUUCUUGAUAAAUCUGGUGCGAUAUUCUCGGGUAAAAUUCCUCUUCUCACCUCACAAUACUGCUCUACGGCUUUGCCACUGGAUAUCUGCGAUACUAUUCUGUUGCACAAGAAGCCUGCUCAAACUGCAAACCCUCCUUCGCUAGAAGUUGAUAACUAUGGCUGGAAUACUGGUGGUGAAAUCUAUUCCACAACCACUCUUCGGGCAAGAAGCUUGAUUGCGCACCUGAAAGAAGAAAUUCUGAUUAUUGCCCUAAAUAAUAAAAGAAAAAUUCUGCCUGAUUUGAUCAAAUUAAAGCUGAAGCAAGUCUACACUUACAGUCAACUUCCUAGCUGGCUUCAAUUAUCCGAUGGCGACGAAAAGUCCAAAUCGCCGGUUCCUCGUGUUUUGUACACCAAACUCUUCAUUCGACUAGAGCAUCUUCAAAAUCUCUACCUUAUUGAAAGAUUAUCGCACCAUAUGCAACCCGAGGCUACUCAGAAUCUAACUAAUAUUUGCUUGGAUAUCAUAUCAGUCACAGUUGCUUUCUGGACGCGGAAUGAUUGCCUUGUGGGUAUGGAGGGAGACUACGAAUGGUUCAUCACAGGCUACGCGGUUCCAGCUGCUGUCACUUUAUGUAAAACCCUUCUUCUAGCGCACGAUGACGGCCCAUCUAUAUCUUCAACUCCUACCUCGGCUAUUAUUCAACAACUUAGCUUACUCAACGCUUUUACCGAAUGGCUAAUGCUCCGGGUGCCUUGUACAGAUCGAUGUUCCAAGGCGAGCAGUCUGAUCAUGCGAAUUUUAGACCAAGUCCUCAACAUUUCACCUCGUACAGCUGCUGGCAUAGUUCAAGACACGACAUCCCGGCGAUCGACUUCUCACAUAAUCCAUCCCCAUGAUUUGAACGAGAUCGAUACGUUCAAUUGGCUAGAAUAA